AUUCACACGAAAUUCACAUCGUUUAUUACCGAAGUUUAUUUACUACAACGUUGUACACUUGUUUCGCAAACAUGAGUAAAAGAAAACAUCAGAAGUCUUUGCCGCCCACACAUAAUGCUUCAUCAGCUUCGCUAGAUGACGGAUCGGACGAAGAGGACCAUGGUCAUAACAUGCAGAACGCCGUUAAGGAGUGCGCUCGAUAUAUCCUCCAUCGGGAAGGAAGCAAAAUCCCUAUCAAAAAAGCUGAUAUCGCCAAGCAUUUGGCUACGGCUUGCCAGACUCCAUCGCAGUAUGUCUCCAGUGUCAUAAGUGCUGCUGAAAAAUUACUUAAAAAGGUAUAUGGUUACAAGUUGGUCUCAAUAAAAGGUAAAAGUGGGGUGCAGUACAUAGUGGUGUUGACAGAGGAGUGCGAGUCUCUCCCGUCCAAUGUGUCAGAGCCGGAACUGAGGACCAUGCUGAUGGCUUCGCUCACGCAUAUUUUCAUGUCUGGCGGCAGCGUUAAGGAAGACGACCUGUGGAAGUUCCUGAGCGAGGCUGGUCUGCUGGAGGAGAACGACUUUGCUGGCAGGAAGGCUUUCAUUGCCACCUUCACUAGACAACUGUACUUGUCAUUCACAAAGGUUGGCGAUGGCGAUUUAGCCUGGAACGUCUUUGAAUGGGGUCAGAGAGCUCACCAGGAAGUGCCCAAAAUGUUCCUAUUACAGAAGAUGGCAGAGGCAUUUGAGAAAACCCCAGACCACUGGGCCGAGCAGUACAAACAAGCGACUGAAAGUAACACUGCGGCCGCGUCAUAAAAAAAUAAGCUUAUUGUUAUCGUAAAUUACUAUUCCAGUCGUUAAAUGUUGUCAAUAUUGUUAUUGAUCUAAGUGUGGUAUUAUGGUAUAGUUUGUAGCUUUCUAAUAGACCCCGACAGUUAAUCCUUUAUCUAUUGUUAAGUAAAAUCGCUCAUGCCACGUGCCACAACCACCUGCAUAAAAAAUCGUUCGUUCACUUUACCCAGGUAAUUGAAUUACAACUCCUAUGGAAAUUGCAAUAAGAUUCAAAAUGAACUAAUGGAUAAAUAUUUUGUUAGGAUAUGUGUGGUCCGUUCAACUCGCCGGCACUCACUCACUCACUCACUGAGUGCCGGCGAGUCGAACGCUACAGAACCAGUCUAAAAUGUGUCAUCGAGAUGCGAAACAAAGGCGCGUUAUCGGAAAGCGCACCUACACUGGUUUUUUGAGCGUUGGACUAGCCCGCGCUCAGGUGCCAAAUAGAAUAAUUAAGACCCUUUUUUGCAGGUAAGUAGCACGUGCUGUUUUACUUAACAAUAGACAAUAGGAUUAGCCGUCGGGCUCUAUUAGAAAGCUACAAACUAUAUUCCAUCUAUCCAAUAUCUUUGUCCAAUGUGUACCUAUUGCGUCUCA